AUGACAGCGAACGAUGAAUACCACAUUAGUUUCCACCAGAAACUGCGGUACUUUGCGCUUCAACAGGACGCUGCGACGCAAUCGUCCGAUAUACGGCGGAAUCGUGUUUUUCUUGAGCAACUUCUUGACAGUAGAAAGCGCAAUAUCGCCAUGGGCGGUGCCUUUUGCAGCCCCACGGGGAGUAUACGUAGUCGAGCGGCUUGUAGCAUUGCUUCUUUUAACAGGAGUAACGCCAGCAGAAGGUAUGGAGGUGGGCCACCCAGCCUGUCGCCGCAAGCAGCAAGCCAGACGUCUCCGGCUGCAAAGGGGGAAGGCAGAAAGUCUUUUAUUGUGGCAGGUCUGCAUGCCGACCGACGUGACCGUCACCCAGCGUUCGACGUUACUGUCCAGUACGCGGAGGAGUGCAUCUUCGCUGCGUACUUCCUUGUGUCGCGUGGUUUAUACGAUGAUGCGAUGAAUAUUUGUCUCAAGUCUAUCGAGAAGGAUGUGAAUACAACGCUGCGCGAUGCUUGCGCCGUAGCGGGCACAGUCUCAGCAAUAUCAAAAAGCGCCAGGAAAACCACAGCGUUUGGUCGCCUUUUGCAAACUGAGGGAGAGACACCCACGGCCGGCAGGCGCAGUCUGCGGUUUGUCUCAAAGGAGGUUGAUCAAGAGAGGCGGGCGAAGUUUACUGACGCUUGGCGCGUCGUUGUGCAGUACGAGUUGCUUACUCAAGCAUGCCAGUUUUUUCGGCUUUUCACCGGCGCCUCUUCGUUCCGGUGCCGCCCCGGUGUUUUACAGCAAGCGACGUCGUGUUUAGAGAAUGUAGUCCAUAGGCUUGUUUCCGCUUGUGACGUGGAGGCGGAUUUGAACUACUUUGUCCUGUUCAACGCCACCGUCAUGAUAUAUGAAAUGUGCCUGCAUUUGAUGCGUUUCGCAAGUGGGAGCACUGCGGUGGUAAUGCCGGUUAUUGCACGUUCUACUGCGUACUGCAUCGAGGUAUGUGAGUCGGGGACACUCAAGCUCUCAACUUCGCGCUACUUGCUUUGGCGCGUGCGACUAUAUGAGCUUUUAUGCAAUUGUUAUGAACGGCAAGGGAUGUAUGAGGAAGCGUUGCACCAAGCGCAGCGCACGCUGGUGAAGGUACGGGAACUUGUGGAACUUGAGUUUGUAGACGGGGUUGGGCCUUCAGAGGAAACCAGGGAGAUUCUGCUCGUGGCUUUGUACAAUGUCCACCUCACUGUGUUGAGGUACACUUGGUACGUGAAUGGAUCAGGCGCGGAAAGGUAUUCACCUCCACAACCGAGUGUCGGUGGAGCUGGAGAUGGGGCGCAUGGCACCAAACAGGUGCCAAGUGUUGGAGAUUCUACUGUUCGUGAUGGUUCUGAAGCGUAUAACGGUGACCUUCCCUGCAGUGGACUUGAUGUGCUUGACAAGGCAUGGCAGACACUGAUGAGAGUGGAGUUGCCAACUGCCUCGGAGGUGUCUGCCGCACUCGUUGGAGGAGCAGGGUAUCGCCUUAAUAAGGCCAAGCAACAGCAAAAAUCAAGGGAUCGCCGCAACAUGGAUGCGUUGAAAAAGACAAGGUUGGUUGAGAGAGCUCGGGGCCCUCUAAUGCGUUUCUUGCUCGCUGUGGCCAUCACUUCAAUACCCCCUACGACACGACCAAGAAGUAGAACCGAUCAACUUGGUGAUGCUGCAUUUGAUCCGAGCACAUUCAUGGGUAAGUUGCACUUGUGGGCGACUUCGGCACUCGAAUUUUUGGCGCGUCACGCGGUGCGCAAUUAUCUGAAGGAAAACCCUACAAUCGCGGAACGAUGCCGGCUAGAGGGUUUUGAUAGCUCUGAAACGACUAAAGCCGCAAAUAAUGCGUUCGCUGUGGAUGCGCCCGCCACAAAGUCUACGGGGAAGAAGAGUGCUGCGCCCCGUCGGAAGGGCCGUGAAGGGAAUGUUGUGCCCCAAGAGUUCAGUGUUGUCGAAGACGAUGUACUGCUUGGGAGUAUUACCCUGGAGGCCCUGCUCUGUGAAAUUGGGUACCCAAAGCCACCAGGUCCUUUCCUCUUUCAUGGAAACGAGGAGCAGCGUGAUGGACGAUCGAUCUCCCGCUUAACGGAAACGGAGGAAGAGAGCAUCGCUACAGCAUUGUUGCUUCAUUGCGUGUUGUAUGAUGCCCCGGAUGUCGAUUUGUAUGGGCGGCUUUGCAUCUGCUCCACUAGUCUAUUGUGGCGGAAACUCGGUGAAAGUGAUGAGGGGUUGGCUUCGCGCCCAGUUUCACCAUCGCCUGAAAGCGGAAAGGUGGGUGGACGGCACUCGCGAUCACCCGUGUGGGCUUUAGCAAAUGUAUUCACCGCUUCUUUACACAUCCUUCGGCACAUGCGAAGGGUGCGCGGGUGUGGAGCAGCUGAAAGUGGUGCUGAUCGACAUUCUUUGGAAGAUAUUUACAGUAUCUUUCCCGUCGCUGAGCAUCUCAGGAGGCUGUUGGAGCAGUGUAAAGGGCCUCUGUUGAUUAGUGUAUCCAACAGUAAUAAUAACGACAGUGCUAUCGCUGUGGCCUUCGGUGCCCCCGUUGACGGCUUGUCCUCUGCCUCUCCCUCCAUGACGUCAUCCUCUGUUUUGUACCCACCUCUGCUGAGUUCAACCACAGCGGUGUCGGAGUCCGUGCGGGUAGUCUGUCAGCAACUGCUGGAGCGUGGCGCGGAGUUUUUACUCCACCGUAUGGCCCGCUACUCCCCCAGCAAGCUUCCAGUUGUGACAAGGUCAGCGCCCCUCUUGCGUGAUGGCAAUGGGGUGAGUGUCGCAUCGGGGCACCAACUGGAUAAGGACCCGGUGGAGUUGUAUCACGAGAUCAUAUGCACAUACUUGGAUGUGAAGGCGAGUAGUGGGCUGACAAGCGCUGUCGACUUUAGCGAACUUGUUCUGAGAUAUGCAAAAGAGGUUGUGGCGGAGGUAGAAGUAGUUAAAGAGAAAGUUGUUGGUGCCCAAGGGGCCGGUGACGACAAUGAUGGAAAUGCGGUUUCAGGGGAGGCAGCUGCGGGAUCGGCAUCACCGACAUCGCAUCAAGGAGGGGAGGUUGGUGGAUCGGUAGAUGGGCUCCCAAAGGGUGUGGACUCCGCCUGCGUAUUUCGCAAAAAGCAUCACCACGCCAUGCUAGGGAUUUCUGCCAUUAAUAUUGCGUUGAGGUGGCUUUCCAGUGCGACGCAUCUGUUGGAUAUGCAUAACUCCGCACAGGUUGCAGGGGUUGAUACUGGUGCUAGAUUAGGUUUAGGGUCGCAUGUGUCUGCGUUGGUGGCUAGUGGUGAGCAGGAGGUGCGUGAUAUAAGGACUGAUUUAAUGCGUUGUCGAAUCGAACUGUGUUGGUGUGCUAGUUUGUAUCAACAAUCUUUUGCAGCUAUUGAAAGGCACAGAGAGGACGUCACACGAAUUAAGGAGCGCCAGGCGAAGGCUAAUAUUUAUGGCGCCGUUACGCUGAAGGAGAAGAAUAUUCUAAAGUCACUUAUCCAGGAGGAACCACAGUUUUUGGAUACCAAUGAGCGAGAGAGGAAACGGCUUGUUGCGUGGGCGCGGGAGAGUUCGGACGCAUUACUACUAGCGCUUGUCUUGUUGUGUUUGGCAUCCCAUCAACCCCGGCGGAAGGUACAGCGGGAAAUGCUAGAAGAGGCUUUUCAUCUGCUGUGUCGUCCCGAGUGGAGUGGAUCAAAUGGGAGUUUUGGGGUUGACAAACUGGCCCCGCGCGAGGGGAGUGCGUACUCUCCUCUCAUGAUUUGGUGCUACGCCGUGACCAUAUGUGGGAAGCUAGGAUUUACGGAGUGGAUGGAGAAGUCAAGGGAUGUACUGCACGCAGCUUUUUUGUGUGAUAAGAGCAAUGCGCCAUGUCUCCGAGACUCAGCGGCGUCACGGAGCGUCGGUACAAUUACUAGGGAAGCAGCUACCGUCACCGCGGAGGGUUCGCGUCGCUCUCCCUCACCAACUGGGGAUGGUAACACCAUCAUAAGCCCCCUAGAGUUCCAACCGAGCGAGGAAAUCUUGUCUGCGUCAUCACCAUUGCAACUGCGAGCGCUUGUUUCGGCUAUUCUUUGGAUGUCUGUGGGCGAUAUGAAAGGCCACGCUUACAAAAACUUUUGUACCACAGGGCUCAUGCCUUUUACUGAGCACAGCAUGUUGGUCGAGGUGCCUUUCCCAAAACGUUAUAAGUUGCAGGAGACUCAAGUUGUAUAUAUGCGCUGCGCAUACCGAAUUCGGUUUGUCAUGGAGCUUGCGUUCCGCGUUAAAGAUUAUGGACGUAUGAUGCGCUGUGCCUUCGAGUUGUUCAACGCCCUCCUUCCAACACUUGUGGACGACAAUUACUGUCCUGUUGUGCUGCGGCCGCUCGGCACAUUGUGUAAGAUCCUGUUGUUACAUCCCACCUCCACGUCUGAUGAUCCGGACGUGCAGUUGUUGGCGGUUCGCGUUCUUGGUGCAUUACUCCUUACGAUACGAAGGAUGGCUUCUAUGCCCUGUUCUGCCCCUUGCGCCAAUUUGCAUGCUGAUACUAACAGCAAGGACCAAAUUGUGGGGCAACAGGCGGGAGCAACAACCCCUGCAGGGGCCCCGGUAGUGUCGCCCGAGCGCUGUUCUGAGGAUUUAUCUGACCUUCCUUCGACCAUCGCUGGGUGGUAUGAGCUUCUUCUUCAGGCAUUUGAGCGUGUAUGGAACGAUGUAUACAACGCUCCUAACUUGCGGCAGCGCCGUCACAGACACCGAAUUCGCUGCAGUGCGCGCAGAGUGCAGCGCGUCGUGAAUUCAAAGGGAAGCGCUCCCGAAGGUACGCAGGGGACACCAGCUCCAGGCAACCGAGGCGAAAACGCCUCGCGCGGGACUUCAUCUCGCCUUCGCCGCGGCUCCAGGGUGGGCUCUGCGGCACCAUCCCAGACAACCGGCGCCCCUGCUGAGUGCGCUGCCGGUGUUUCGACAUUUCCCGGAAGCUCGUACGUAAUGUUAGACGACAUCGUCGACGACUGCGUACCCAUCGAAUAUGUGGAGCUCCUGGGGGAGAUUCUUUUCAAAGUGCCUGCUCAGGUUGCCGGCUCCUUGAGAAAAGUCUUCUCUUCAUGCGACAAAGCACUCGACUCGGUGUUGGCUGCGACGCCCAACUGCGUGGUAUUAGAAGGUAUUCCGCCAUGGUUGUUGGAGGUGGUCCGAGCAGUGCACAGUCGAUCAGCGCAGCUAGCCAUCGAACGGCUCCAUCAGGUGUGCGAUCAUCCCAUGUACGCGCGGACAGCUGCAUAUGUCGUAGAGAGCCUGAUGGAGCAAGGUGAUGUCGUGAAUGCGCGACGGCUGGCACUGGAUACAUUAAAGCGCCUUAAGGAUAUCCGCACCCUUAUUAACGAGCACCAGAAUGGAUUGAUUGAAAGCAUGAGGAGCUGGCUCCGCCGAGAAGGGUACUUGCACAUACAGUUGAAGGGUACUUCCUCAGUCGAUGCAUCGACGACUGAUAACCCGACCGCACUGGAGAGUGCAAAAGAGUUGGCGGCCGAGGAUGCGAGGGCUCAGGUUGCGCCUAUAAAUGAACUGGGACAACAUAUUGUUAGUAAUACAGCGGAGGGAGAAUGGUCACCUGUUGAGAAGGAAACAUUGCGACAACUCACCCGUGGGUUUGCCUGGGUGUGGAGACGACAGAUUGCACGGUGGCUGAGGGCCCGUAUCAUGCAGUUUUGCGUUCCUUUCACAGCGAAGCUGUAUUUUUUCCUGGAGAAGAUGUCACUACUGCAGUUGGAGCAAUGCCAGGUGCUCCAAGAGAAAGCCACAUUAGAUACGUCUGGGAAGGUUUCCCGCCGCGCGAGCAAAGUGAAGGGAGGUGUUGACGAGUCCGUGUCAGCUUUGACUGAGGACAUGCCAAAGGGUAAGCGUGCCGUGCAAGGGACAGCAUUGGAUGAAGGAGAUGAGGAAGAGAGGUUUUUGUCGCACGCUAUGCGGUCUGCUAGGUUGUUCAACCGUUGCGGUUUACCAGCUCAAGCGUUCCAGGUGGUUCUACUUGCGGUCGACGGGAUUCGCACGUUUGUAUGCGACGAUCCCGCAGACGUGCAGCCACUGAACGACGCGCAGCAGACACUCGCUGAGGACGCCGGUGGCCGGGGUUCACCUUCGUGCGGUGGGACAUACUCUAGCGAUGCCGCGGACGGCUUCAUUGAUCCGCGCCUGUACCGAUUUGUGGGGACACUUUCAGCUACGGAGCAACGAGCUUCCGUUAUGCGCACGGGUCCUCGUUCCCGCGAAAAGCUGGUUGCCCUUGGACCGUACAUAUGCCCCCUUGCACAAACGAUGCAGAGAACGUUGCUUCUGCUAUGGGAAGGGUAUGUAGACUAUCGCCGUGACCUGGGGAUCGUACAACCGAAUGCCGUUAAAGUCAGACGCGAUGUGCUGCUGGAUGAGCAGCUACCAUUUCAGGGACGCGUUCCCUCCCUUUUUUCCCUUUUCUCUCCCGCAGGUCAAUAUGAAGAGGCUUACCUUGAGCAUGCUCGUGACGUGGAACAGCGGAAGAGGGGCCAUUCGCUGCUUUAUCAGACACACGAGGUAUGUGCGAGGGAGAGUUUUGAGCGUACGAGGAUUCAAUGGCAGUCCUCAUUGCAGUUGAGUUCGUUGAUGGAGAUGUGGGUGGAUGUAAUACCGGAUGUGGGUUACUUCCUUCGUGAGUUGGAAGUUGACUGCAGCCUACUUGAGCAAGAAGCUGAGGAAAGGAAGUGCGCGUACGAUACGGCCGUGGUCCAGCGGCAGCAAUGGGAGGCGAGAGUGUCGAAGAAGCGGAGGAAGAAGACUGAGGAAGCUGGCACCGUGAGGUGUAUCACGAAGCCAAUUUCUUUCGAAGACCCCAAUGGUAUGGAGCUUGCCGCGAAGCGUCUUGGUUACACAAUACCUAUGGGCACAGCCAUUGACAAACUGGUGUUUCUGUUGAAAUGUGCACAGUUCAGUUGUCAACUGGCGUCCCUGCAAAUUGCGGAGGAAGUUCAGAAGUUAACAAGCGGUUCCUUUUCGAGGCAUUUGUUACCUUUUGUACUGAACGUGCAGUGUAUGAUUGGGGAACCUAUUGCAAAGGAAACUGUGGACAAACUCUUAGAGGUGUACCGGGACGAGUCGAGGCAAAAGUCGCUAUCCAGAAAUGCGCGUUGGACAUGGAGGAGGUAUACCAAAACAGAAGCCUAUUCACGUGCUAUGCAGCGUCUGGGUCGGACGCUGCUGCCCUCAUGGGGUACCCAGGGUGACAGCAAAAUGUCCGUUUUGUCCAUGCCGAACGCAUCUUUCAACUUCUCUGCUGAUGAAUGUUCGCUUGUGUCAGAUGUUCUUGUGGAGACUUCGCGCCCCCGCGCCACGGUACGAGCGGAUGACAGUGUGGUAUGUGGUACGAAUCCUCCUAAUGCUGACGACACCAACGGCGCGUCACGACCCACAUCACUGCACGACGUCACCGGGUCGUACGAUAAUCUUAUAUCGUACCUCCGUCAACGCCGCCUGUUUGGACCCCUUGCAGAGGAGCUUUAUGAACUGGGUCGUAUUUACAUACUGCAUCGUCAGCGCGAUGAGGCGGAAAGGUGUUGGUUAGAUUCAGUGGAUGCGGCACUUGGUGUGCCCGAGAGCUUACGUAACUCAACUGCGGUUGAUACGUGGUCCGAAUUCCAAGCAGCCUCUGUGGGGUGUCCUCGCAUUCUUUUGGCCAUUCUCUCACUAACUUCUCUCGCCAUGUACACUUACCGGGAGCAACAGAAACGUGCCGUGGAUGCGUGCUUGCUUUCUGCCCGUGUUCUUGAGCGCCUCUUCGAGCAGUCCUCAGGCAGUGGUCUGCCGCAAUGUUUGCGUGACUUUUGUGGGUUCGCACUGGAGGACAUCAUAGUUUUGCCACAUCUUCGUGAACCAUUAACUACACUGAUGCCGCAAAUCAUACAUCAUCUGCUAUUUUUGGGGUGGGAGCUAUUACAAUUUAAAUUUCCAGUGUAUUCUGCUAUGGUUGCCUGCUUGGCGGAAUACCUAGCACGAACCUACACGCGUCAUGUGCCGCUAACGGUGGAAAUUCGACUACUGCAGGCAAAGGCAGCUGCAUACAGUGGUAACUUCCGGGCCUCUAUGGGCAUACUGCGCGAUGUGUGUCAGGGUAAGCGCGUGCCGUGUGUGGCACUGGAGAGUUUUGAUCUGUGCGCUUCUGGGAGUGAGGCGUUAAAAACUACUAAAGGUUUAAAGGGCGCAGAUACCGGCGCGCAGUCUCGCCGGCAGGCGGAGCCGGCUGCUGAAGCACCGAAUAAUCAAGCACUCCAGCAGCAGCAGCAUCAGGAGGAGUCAUCUCAAUCUGGUUUAUACAACGAUACCGAACUCCCCACGAGCCCUGGAAACGUGGCGUGCAUUCAGGUUUUCAUUACGCAGUGCUUUACUUCCCCAGGGUCUGAUGAUCGCCCAGCAGCGGAUGCAGCAGGAGCGUCCGUGGGGCAAACCGUUUCUUCACUGAUGUCGGGGGCCUCUGGUCUUCCAGAACCGGUUGCGGCGUACUACGGAAAACGGCUGUCACAACGUGUAGAGCUCACUCUGGCGGAGUGCCUUGUUGUCCUUGGGGGAAAGGAAGCUGCUUACGUUUGGGGAAGCCUCGGUGGUCAAUCGCAGCCCCCAGCGUCCGGCACGACAACAGGGGCUGACCGCCGUGCGAUGCGUUCCCGUGGGAGUCAGCGCCCGAUGAAUCUCACGUACAAUAACAGCGCUUGUCGUGAGGCUCUAAAUGCUGCGGAGCAGAUUCUUCAGGUCAUCCUAGCCCGACUACAGAAGGUGCAGCAGCAGCGGCAGGGCGAGCGACAGCAGCACCCGCGGCAAUCGGGCAACUCAACGAGUACUGUCGGGGACGGCAAUGCAUUUGUCUUGCGUGGUAGGAAGAGUGUGCCGCGUGACUCCGCCCCGCCUUCUUCGCGUUUACCGGACGGUGGAAACGCAAAACGUUGGCGUGAAGUAGAAGACACUUACACUCGAUGCACAUCUGAGCGUUUACUAUCGAGGAUAUAUACCGUACGUGGGGAGUCUAUGAAAGCACUUGGGUUGUUGAAGGGUCUCGUGAGAUCUUUUGAGAAUGGCGGGUCGUUUGUCUGCAAUAUACCUCAUGUGCCAUCCUUCCUGUGGACAGUGGGUACACACAAUUUCUGGUGCGAGGUGUAUGAGCUCAUGACUCAGAACCAUGUGCGCCUUCUGGAGUACUCGGUAGCGCAGAAAGUAGUUGAUCACGCACUCGCUCUAUGCGAGCAGUGCGGCGAUUCAUACAGCGCACGCGUCUUUUCCUUGUACCGCGCCACAAUAUCAAUGCGCACAGGGACAGCAAGUGAUGCCGAGGAAACUCUCAAUGGAUUGCUGGAUGUUUCUCGAUCAUUGGUGUGCGACAGCCGCAUGGAUUUGUUUCACCCUUGGACCAUACUGGCUCUUGAAGCCCUGAGGCGAGAAAAGCAAUGUAAAGAGAGCCAGAAGGGUUCCACCUCGUCCAUCGACCUUCUGGAGGGUGCUGUACUGAAUCUGCAGGAGUACAGCCAGGUACAUAGUUUGCUUCCUCUUACCUUUUGCUUCAACGAGAGGAAGCAAGAUGAUAGUAGGGAAGUAACGAAGAGAGAAAACCGGCGCGAAGUUUUAUGGAAACAGCUUGCCCCCUUGCCGUGGAGUACGGAUGCUGUUUAUGUCCAUAGGGCAGUGAAUACCCUGGCUGAGGAGCACAUUCGAGUGGGUUUACUUGACCAAGCGGAACAUCUGCUGCAGGACGUCAUUUUAUCCGUCGCAUCGCGUUACGACACAGCAGCACAUCCCACUGCACUCAUUGAAAGUCACUUUAUGUUGGCCCGCCUUCUCUGCCUGCGGAACCCCUCGCUUAUCACAGCAAGGCAAGAAGAGAACCCCUUGCAGCAGCAGCGAAAGGGAGGGGAAACAAUGGGUGGGGCGCCGGUCACUGUGAUGGCUCACGAAAUGUCGAGCGAAGAGGAGAUGAUUGCUUCACUCGAACCGUAUCGACAGAAUCCCGUUCGAUUGCUCAUGUCUGUCGUAAAGCAGGUGGUAUCGGUUGGUAUCCACGACUAUAAUAUACUACGUGUUGCGCUGCUAUUGCUCUCAGCCUUGUUUUCACAUGCGGGCCGAGCGUUUUGCAUUGUUGCUGCCAACUGUGCAGUGCUUGCCAAACUUGUCGCCGACAUGAAAUUUCAUGUCUUCAGCGGUACAAGUGUGUUUUCGCUGUACGGAGAUGACGCUAUUUCGCUGGGGACUGACGUUGUAUUUGCUGAGAGUGUCACUGCCUACAUUCAUUAUCAACAGCGCAAUGUGGGGAAUGUUAUGGAGAAAGAAGGUCCAGGGUGGGAUAACGCUGCUGGAGGGGGAGGUUCUUUACCUCCGAGUGGGCCCAGUCAUCCGCGGACGCGUGAUGACCGAGAGCGAGCAGCUCAGAGAAACAAUGUGUCACUCCCUGCGGUCGUUUCUGCGUUUGCCGCUCUUCAUCGAGAGCGUUCACUAGACUGCUUGCUCCCACCACAGGAGUCACUAGAUCUUGAGCUCGCCCUGCAACAUGUCCGCUCGUUUCUCCAGACCAGAACCGCCCCUCUGAGCUGCAGUUACCUGUGGCACAGCGAAGGGGCGUUGGAGUCAAUUCUGAAGCAGCAGGCUUCUUCUGCCACCCGUCCCGGUGGUGCUUUCAGGACGCAACGUACUGGUGCAUCUACGGCUACAGUAAUAGGGGAUGACAACGCGUCGCCUGCUGGGUUUUUGCCACCUGUCAUAAUAGAUGCGCUUCCCUCGUUAUUGUCUCCCCAAACGCUCCAGCAGCUCCACGUGCCACGCGCCAACACUGUCAUUUGCAAUACUUUCCAGUACGAGUCGGCGAGCGCUGAUCCUGUUGCUUACAACGAAAACAUGAGUAUUCGCGCCGCCUCGCCCCGCUGUGGGCAAGGUGCCAAUGGUGGCGGUGCAGCUUGCAAACAGGCUGAACCGGUGUCAACUCUCAAGUUUGUGCUCGUCGUCUCCCCUGCCAACGAUCCAGCCGCAACGCAGCCCCCUUCGGUUGCCGAGAAACCCUACCACCCAACUAAGAAGACUGCACGUGCGACGAAUAAAGGUAUGACGCACUCGCUUGCUGCUUCAACCGGUGAAGGGCCACGUUGGGUGGACGCCGGUUCCAUUUUCAACAUGUGGAAUAGUACGCAGUGUGUGGUGUUUGACUGCCCCGUUGCGGAGAUGAGGCAACUGCAAGCCCAAGCAGCUCACACGUUGCUCCUUAUGCAAAGUCCGGCACCGUCGCUGCCCUUGGCCAAAGCGCCCCCGGGCGUGGAAGGUGCCGUGGAUGAAGAGGACAUUGCCGCCGGUGCCGCCCUUACACAGCAGCUAAAUGAAGUUUUGUCAGUGCUAUUCACGAAGCUAGCACCACCUACCACGGGAAGGAAAGCAAUGCGCGCGCCGAUGACUGUUGAAGGGCUCCUCAGCGGAGCUUCGAAUCUUAACGCUACUCCGUUCGGCAACAACAGUGGAGCUGUUGGUGCCAGUGGGAACCACGGAAACCCUUGGGGUGGACGAGCCGCCAUUGUUGGUGCCGGUGCGACUGACAAGGUUGCGUCCGGCACCGCUCCGGGUUACAAAGAGAAGGGUGCGGACGAUGGGUGUGACGAAUCCGAUGAGGUAUCGCCUGUAGACGAGGCUAAAUCAAAACUUGUUGCUGAUUUUAUUCAGAUGAUUGUUGCAUCGAUAAUACCACGUGCCGUCGUUGACGAUGCGUUGAUGGAGCGGAAUGUUCAAAUGCUGAUGCCGCGUUGCGCGGUUACCGUGGAUGUCGUACGGUUUUUGAUGGCAGUGACCAGCAAUGACGGACAUGGGAUGUCAUCGUUUAAUCCGGGUCUACAUGAUUGGUUUUCUCGCAUAGCUGCGUUCGGAUCUGGGCAAGUCGUCAGAUAG